AAAGCACCUUAACCCGGAAGCGAUGCUGGGAAGUGGGGAGGCAGGAUGGCGGCGCGGGCAGCGCUUGAGGCUGUGAGGGGGAGCCUCUGGCAGGGCUUGAGGAAUCUGUCUGUACCCAGCUCUAAGAACGGUGCGACCAAGAGCAGUGGCUUUCUCCUCAGUACCAACAUGAGGUGGGUCCAGUUUUCAAGCCUACACAUCAAUGUUCCAAAGGAUUUGGCCAAACCGACGAUCUGGAUGUGUUUCCAUGAGAUAACCGUUUCUGAUGAAGCAGACACAUUAUACAAACGGCUGUCAAUUUUAGUAAAGGCCCAUGAUAAGGCUGUACUGGACAGUUACGAAUACUUUGCUGUGCUUGCUGCUAAAGAACUCGGUAUAUCUAUUAAAGUACACGAGCCACCAAGGAAAAUCGAGCGAUUUACCCUUCUCAAGUCUGUGCAUAUUUUCAAGAAACACAGAGUACAGUAUGAAAUGAGAACGCUUUAUAGAUGUUUGGAGUUAGAACACCUCACUGGAUGCACGGCAGAUGUCUACUUGGAAUACAUUCAGCGAAACUUACCCGAAGGAGUUGCCAUGGAAGUAACCAAGACACAAUUAAAACAAUUACCGGAACACAUCAAGGAGCCAAUCUGGAAUACAGUAGCUGAGGAGAAAGAAGCGAGCAAGUCCUAAGGCUGCAGCCACCUGGGUCCUGUAGGGAGAGGUGUGCAGGCCGAGGCUGUGUUCACACGGGAGAGGAUGUGAGUGCACCCUGCUCCUCCGUGGAGUCUGCUGGCCCUGAUCAACUGAAGGCUGAACGUGGCGCUUGCGUGACAGAUGGAACUGUACCAAGAGGACCGUGCUGUCUGUUCCUGUCUCUGUCCGUGUCAGUGUUUCUGUUGUGACUUUGAACAAACAUGAGCAAACCAUUUAAAUACUCAAGCCAAAAGAGUUGAAUUUAUAGCCUGU